AACCUGCGCGCGCUCAGACCCGCUCCGCUCCCGCACCGAGCACCGAGCACCCACACCGCGCCCGCCGACAUGGAAGAGGAACACACCGGCAGCACCCAAGGGAGCACCCAAGGGAGCACCCACAACCUGCCCGGCUUCGCGCAGUCCACCCCGGGCGCCGCGCAGCCCCAGCCCGCGGACGGAGACGAGAUCCUGGUGCCGAGCUUCAGCCCCGGCUCCGCUCCGUCCUCCCCGACUCCCACGGGCACUCUCACCCGCCUGGGCAUGUCUCUGCGCGGCCACAGCGGAGCCCCGGCCCCCGCCAGCCCCACGGAGCGCGGCCAGGUGAGCGCCAUUACGGUGGUGGCGCUCCUGGAUAAGUUGGUGAACAUGAUGGAGUCGGUGCAGCAGAACCAGCAGCGCAUGGAGCAGCGUCAGGAGGAGCUGGAGGGAGCGGUGAGAGCGGUGCAGGGCGACGUGACGCGGCUGUCCAAGGCGCACCUCAACACGGCCAACAACGUCAACAAGCUCCUGGAGCGCUCCCGGAAGAUGAGCGGCGGCGUGAAGGAGGUGAAGGAGCGGCUGGAUAAGCAGGCCGUGCAGGUGAAGCGCCUGGAGAACAACCACGCGCACCUGCUCAAGAGGAACCACUUCAAGGUGCUCAUCUUCCAGGAGGACAAUGAGAUCCCCACUGACGUCUUCGUGAAGGACUCUCUGAAGGCUUCUCUUCCUCAGUUUGACGAGCCCGCCCUCGCCUCCUCUAUCGCCGGCUCGGUCUCCGCCCACCCGCCCUCCAUCGCCGGCUCCGCCUCCAUAGCGCCCUCUGUGUCGGGCUCUGUGGACGUGCGCUCUCCGGAGGAAGGCCUUCAUACCGUGAGUCUGAGCUCUGAUGAAGACGAUGAGCUGAAUCUGCACCGUGAGCUGCCAGAAGAGGGCGGCGACGCUGACUCCACUCUGGGCCUUGGUUCGAGCCGUCCCUAUGAGAGACGCGCCGAUCGGUUCAAACGAAACAGUCUGAAGAAAGUGGACAGUCUGAAGAAGGCCUUCACCAGACAGAACAUCGAGAAGAAGAUGAACCAGAUCACCACCAAGAUCGUCCCUCCAGAAAAACGAGAAAAGAUUAUCAAGAGUCUAACCCCCAACCACCCCAAGAGCCCCACGGCCAGGGCCUCCUCCUUUAAGGUCGCCCCCAUGACCUUCAACGUCAAGAAGAUGAGAGACGGUCAGACCCCCACACCAGAGGCCAGCCCCUCCUCGGCCGCAGCCCACGUAGAGAUCCCUCCUCUGGGCAGCCCGGACAAGGACAUCCGCAUGGACCUGGACGUGGAAGGAGGGGCGGUGGCUCCGGUCCGUGAAGCCCUCCAGGAGUGCAGUGUCCAGGCAGAGAUCUCCGUCAACGGGGAGGUGGAUGUGGAGGUCAACGGGGACACCCACUCUGCCAACGACACCCACUCUGCUGGGGACCAUUCUGUGGAGGAGCCGAGCACAGAGGAGCCGACCAGUCCUGAGGCCGGCGCGGAGGUGACUGUCGGAGCGGGUUUGGCCGUCCCCGAGUCGGUGGAUGACGUGGGAGAGGAGGAAGAGGAGGAGGAAGAGGAGAGUCCGACAGAGGGCGCGACGGAGGCGAGCAUCACCGCAGAAACCUCUCCCUCGGCAACCAUCCCCACGGCAACCAUCGCAGUGGAACAAGCAUCUUAAUGUGACAAGAGUUUAGAGUUUUAACAUCGUCUGAAAAUAUAAGAAAUUCUAGAAAGUUUACCUGAUCCAGAGAAAACACUUUUUUUCUCACAUUUACUUAAAGCGACAGAUCAUGUUUUACACUAAAAUGAUCCAAAUGAGUGUGGUGAAGGUGUUUGGACUUUAAAAACCCAGAGGAGCAUUUCUCAUGGUGUAAGAGUGUUGUGAAGUGUGCAGAGGGACACAGGAUUACUGAAACAUGCAUGAAUGAAACAAAACACAACUCCAGGGAUGUUUCUGAGGAGAACAGGGUUAAAGCCUCACUGCGGAGCAUUACAACAGGGUUACGAAGGUUUCAAAAUAGUUAUAUCAAAUAAUUCCUCUUGUGAUUUGAGUGUGCUCCUUUUUCCUCUUCUUUAAAAGCACCAAAGUCCCAGAGCCAAAACAAACCCCCUUCAGCCGUGAAUGGGACACUUCACCCAGGGCCGUCCUCUCCUCGCCUGCCCCAAAACAGGCUCAUCUCCUGGGCACGAGGCCAGACGGCUCCCCCCGAAAACACCAGAGCACCAUAAGUACCAGCUCAGAGCUAAACCAGGACUAACCCACGACUAAUGUACGAGGAUUUAAACAGGUCUUAUCCAGGGCUAAACUGGGACUAAACCAAGACUAAACCAGGACACAUUCAACUCUGGACUAAAUCUGAAAGUAGACUCAACCAGGACUCAAAACCAGGUCUAAACCGAGACUAAAACAGAACUAAACCAUGAGUAAGAUGGGAGUAUGACAGGACUAAAGCAAGAUUUUAACCUAUUCUAAAACAGGACUACACCAGGUUUAAACCGGGUCUAAGACCAGGAAUAAAAGCAGGCCAAAACCAGCUAUGAACCUGGACUUCAAAAAGGUCUAAAUCUGGUCUAACCUGGGUCUAAACCAGGACUUAAACCUAGUCUAAACCAGGAAUGAUUUAGAACAAGGACUAUGCUGAGUCUAAGACAGGACUUAGAUCUAAAAGCAGGUCUAAUCAAGGCUUAAACCAGGACUGAACCAGGACUAACCCACGACUGUUAUACAAGGAUUUAAACAGGUCUUAUUCAGAGCUAAACUGGGACUAAACCAAGACUACACCAGGACUAGGGGUGCAUUCACACAUACAACUGUGGACUAAAUCUGAAACUAGACUGAACCAGGAUUCAGAACCAGGUCUAAACAAGGUCUAAACCAGGACUAAACCAGAACUAAACCAUGAGUAAGAUGGGAGUAUGACAGGACUAAAGCAAGAUUUUAACCUAUUCUAGAUCAGGACUACACCAGGUUUAAACCGGGUCUAAGACCAGGACUAAAAGCAGGCCAAAACCAACUAUGAACCUGGACUUCAAAAAGGUCUGAAUCGGGUUUAACGUGGGUCUAAACCAGGACUUAAACUCAGUCUAAACCAGGAAUGAACUAGAACUUAACAAGGACUACUCUGAGUCUAAGACAGGACUUAGAUCUAAAAGCAGGUCUAAUCAAGGCCUAAACCAGGACUGAACCAGGACUAACCCACGACUAUUAUACAAGGAUUUAAACAGAUCUUAUUCAGAGCUAAACUGGGACUAAACCAAGACUAAACCAGGACUAGGGGUGCAUUCACACAUACAACUGUGGACUAAAUCUGAAACUAGACUGAACCAGGAUUCAAAACCAGACCUAAACCAGGUCUAAACCGGGACUAAAAAAGAAUGAGUACAAUGGGAAUAUGACAGGAUUAAACCAAGAUUUCAACCUAUUCUAAAACAGGACUACACCAGGUUUAAACUGGGUCCAAGACCAGGACUAAAAGCAGACCAAAACCAACAAUAAACCAGGACUUCAAAAAGGCCUAAAUCAGGUCUAACCUGGGUCUAAACCAGGACUUAAACCCAGUCUAAACCAGAAAUGAACCAGAACUUAACAAGAACUCUAAGACUAAAACAGGACUUAGAUUUAAAAGCAGGUCUAAUCCAGGCCUAAACCAGGACUAAAAACUGUCACUAGUACAAAAGAAACUAAGACCAGGAUUAAAACAGGACUAAAGCGGGUCAUUGGUCCAUCUCUGGUCACACAGAGCCCUGCCUCGCUCCCCCGUCUCCCCCCGUCUCCCUCUCUCACAAACCUCCUCUUUGUGCUUUGUUGUUGUGGCUGAAAAUACUAAAUCUCCAGCUCUUUUAAGUGGAGCGGGGUUGCCAGGUUGAGUCAUGGGUUGCCAGGUUGGGCGAGGGGUUGCCAGGUUGACUGAGAGCAGGAAUGGAGCGUUGCCGUGGUUUCAGGCCAAAGGAUGUAGUUGCAAUAAACAAGAAAAUACCACCUCAGAAAUAUGUGUGGGUGAAAACAAGGACUAAACCAGGACUAAACCAGGACUAAACCAGGACUAAAUCAGGACUAAAUCAGGACUAACCAGGUCCAAACAAGGACUUAACCAGGUGUAAACCAGGUCUAAACUGGGACAAAAACUAAAACUGAACCAGACCUAUUUCUAACCAGGCCUAAACAAGACCUUAAUCAGGACUUGAUCUGAUCUUAAACAGUUCUAAAUCAGAAUGGUCCAUUCCAGGACUUCACCAGAUCUAAUCCAGGACUAGUUGUAGACCAGAACCAAACCAGGUCCAAACAAAGACUAAACUGGAACUAGUUCUACCCAGAUCUAGACCAGGUUUAAACAAAGUCUAAAACAGGACUAAACUCGAACUGAAUCAGAACUAUUUCUGACCAGCUCCAAACAAGAACUGACCAGAUCAAAACCAGGACUGAACCAGGACUAAACCAGGCCUAAACCAGGACUAAAUCAAGUGUAAACAACGACUAAACCAGAUUUAAACCAGGAUCUAAACCAUAACUAAAUGGUCCAAAUUGGGACUUAACUGAUCCAACCCCGGUCCCAAUCAGGAAUAAACCAGGACCAAACCAGAUCUAAACCAGUUCUAAACUAGGACUAAACCAGGACUAAAUUUGGCCUAAACCAUGUCUAAACCAGGAUUAAACCAGAUUUAAACCAGGACUGAACUAAGUUUAAGCCAUAUAUAAACAAGGAUUGAACAAGGUCUAAACAAGGUCUAAACCAGAUCUAAACCAGAUCUAAAUUAGGACUAAACUAGGUCUAAACCAGGUCUAAACCAGUACUAAACCAGUACUAAACAAGGUCUAAACCCAGGUCUAAACCAGAACUAAACCAGGACUAAACCAGGACUAAACCAGGUCUAUACCCACACAUAUCUGGAUGGUAUGGUCGUGGUGUUUGAGGUGAACAUAUGUCAGUGUGAGUGUGUUUCCAUGGCGAUGUGUAAAAGUCCAGUAUGUGAUAGUUUCAGGUGAGACGGAGGAGCAGGACAAAACCAUCCCACUGUUUUGAAUAUGGAAAUACACAGCAGGACUCAUUUGAAUCUGGAUGUUUACUAUUAUACAGCAACUACUACUGCUACUACUACUACUACUACUACUACUACUACUACUACUACUACUACUACUACUACUACUAUUACUACUAUUACUACUAUUACUGCAACUAAAACACCUACUUCUACUACCACCGCCUAUACUGCUGCUUACUGCUACUACUGCAAAUGUUACUGUUCAUAUGUGUACUGCUAAUACUGCUUUAUACUACUACUACUACUACACAUGCUAGUAUUACAACUACUACUACUACUGCCAGUAUUGCUGCUGCUGCUACUAAGAAAUAUGACUACUACUACUACUGCUAAUGUUACUACUCCUGCUACUGUAUUACUGUUUCUGAUAGGCUUCUUCUAAAACUACUACUAACUACUACUACUACAGCUACUACAACUGCAAAUAAUGUUACUGCUACUACUACUAUGACAGUGACUACAACUACUGACACUACAAAUAAUACAACUAAAAUACCAUCAUUGUUACAGCUGCAAGUUCAUUUAUUGUAACAACUAAACAAUUACUUCUGUUACGACCACUGCCAAUACUGCUGCUACUACUACUACAACAACUACUACUACUACUACUGCUGCUAUUACUACUACUAUGACGAUGAAUGCUACUACUACUGACACUACUAUUACUGCAACUAAAACACCUUCAUUGUUACAGCUGCGAGUACAAGUAUUGUAACAACUCUAAACAAUUACUUCUGUUACUAGCAAUACUGCUGCUGCUACUCCCACAACUACUACUAUUACUACUACUACUACUACUACUACUA